UUGUCAAUUUUUAUAUUGUUGAAAGUCAAAGAUAAAGUUUUCAUUUCUUAAAUGUAAAGCAUUUUGAAUUUCAUAAUUAUGGUUUUGUUUUGCUAUGGUUCAGACUUUCCGCCAUAAAAUUGUCGUUUUUCAACACUUGCAUAAAUUAACAUUAUUUUAGUAUGAGCCAAUGGCUGUUGCUAUUUGCACUGACGUCAAAAGAUAUUUCGUAUUCAUCUUCUGCUCCCAGCAUUCUUUGCGAGCAAGGUCGUUGUUGAAAUCUCUUCUAAAAAUGGCCGAUCGAUGGUAUUUUACUCGGGAACAAAUACGAAACUCUCCAUCAGUUCGGGAAGGUGGGAUAGACUGUGCCAAAGAGCUUGGAUAUAGACAGCAGUGUGCGAAUUUCGUUCAAGAUAUUGGGCAAAGACUUGCAGUGAGUCAGUUAUGCAUCAACACUUCAAUUGUCUACAUGCACCGAUUCUACAUGUUCCACUCAUUUAAACAAUUCCAUAGAAAUACCAUGGCACCUUGCUUUAUAUUUCUUGGAGCAAAAGUUGAGGAACAGCCAAGAAAAUUGGAACAUGUCCUCAAGGUUGCCCAUAGAUGUUUGCACAAAGAUUCAGAUGUACAGCUAGAUAUCCAAAGUGAUGAGUAUAUGCAAAUGGCUCAGGAUCUUGUUGACAAUGAGAGUAUUCUCCUACAGACAUUAGGUUUUGACCUUUCUGUUGAGCAUCCACACACAUAUGUAGUCAAGUGUGCACAGAUGGUAAAAGCUGCCAAAGAAUUGGCUCAGACAUCCUAUUUCCUAGCAACAAAUUGCCUUCAUCUGACAACGUUCUGCAUUGAAGAAAAACCAACAGUUGUUGCUUGUGUCUGCAUUUUUGUAGCUUGCAAGUGGAUGAGCUAUGAGAUCCCAGAGACACAGGACAAAAAACACUGGUGGGAGUUCAUGGACAGUAAUACAACUAUAGAAAAAAUUGAAGAAAUGAGUUCCUCUUUUAUAAAGAUAUUAGACAGCUGCCCUACCAGAUUAAAAAAGAAAAUUUCAACUGGCCCUGUUAUUUACAAGGGUGGUUCGCUGCUGCCUAAACGUGAUUCAGAAAGCGAAGGUAGCCGAGCUGACAAGCAAACAGAUGCUAAUGCUAAUAAAACAUUCGAUAAGAUAGAUGGUAAAAGUUCCACGCAUGUCUCUAGCUUAGAAAAACCGAGCGACACUUCUGCACGGAAACAUGACCAUUCUGUUGAUGGGAAGAGAGAUCACGCUGACUCCGUGAAAAGACCUUCGAAGCAUUCUAGUCAAAGCGACCAUGAUAGGAAAAAUACGGAACAUCAUAAGCAUCAUAAACAUCAUAAACACAGCGACCGCGAGCAUGGAAAACGUUUACACGAUCGAAACAAAACUGUUGAUGACUCACAGGAGAAAAAGGCUGGCCAGAAGCGCUCUGAACUCUCAAACGCUGAGAGGUCUAGCUCGGAUGGUAAGCAAUCGUCAACAAGUAACCGAUCAGUGGACAAUAGCAAGUCAAAAACAUCAUCGAAAGAAGAUAUUUCUGCCGAAGCUAAGUUCAUCUUAUCAUUACCACCUUUACAUCAUAAACACAGUCUGCCUGAAGUUGACAAAUCGUCAUCGACUUCAGAAACGCCUGCGAAGAAACAAAGGGUUGAAGACCCUUCGCACAAAAAGCAGAAGCUAGAGUCAGAUGCAAGCAAGAGUAGCUCUCACACUAGCUCUGGUUUAAACAUGUCUUCUAGUAGCAACAGUAGUAGUAAUACUGUUCAUAAGAAAAUGAAAUCGUCAUCCGAAAAACACAAAAACAAACCGCCAAGUGAAAAGCAUUCAGAGGCGUAUAGACACCAGCAACAAAUGUCAGAAAAGUCGUCACACGGCCAAAAGCAUCACACGAACUUUCCAGACAAGCAUAGCAAGGAAAGGGCGAUGAAAUAUGAACAAUCAAAAUCUGCCAGCACUCGGGGAACCGAGGGUAGCGAGAAACUACACUCGAGGAUAAAAAUCGAGAAUACAUCAUCACCAUAUAAAUCUGGGGAUGAAAUCAGUAAAAAGGAUCCGUCACUGGCUAGUCAAAGCUCAAAGCAUUUACAGGCUCCCUUCAAAGCAUCAAGUAGCGAGAGAAAGGCACAAAAAUCGACGCCAAAGAAAAAUGGACAUACACAGAAAACAAAUACUAAAUCAGGUUCACUUUCUGACGACUCUCUGUUGCCCCCGCCCCCUCCCCCUCCUUCAGUAGAGGUGUCUUCUUUAUUAAGUUCUCCUCCUCCACUUCCUUUUGGCCCUCCCGAAACAGAGAAUAAACAAGCACCAGCCCCCCCGAGCACCGUGGAGUAUGAACAAAACUCGUCGCUACCGCUAACAUACAGUGUGCCACAAGUUCAGCAGUCGGUCGUUAAUCAAGGGGGUUUGGUAGCUGGUCAAGUAAUCCAAGGCCAAAAUCAACUACCCCAGUCAACCUCACUGCAAAGUCAAGGACAGCAGGCACUGUUUCCUUUGCAGCAUCAAGUGUUACAACAACAGCAGGCAGCUGGAAUGGCAUCUCAAGGAUACCAGGGAGGACAGGCUCAAUUUUUAACCAAUGCGCAAUCGACUGCAUCUUCAAGCACCUAUGGUAUUCCCCAGGUGUAUUUCCAAGGCCAACCUGAUGGCCAGACUGUCAGUUCUGACUCAUCCCGGGUUUAUGGACAAACAAUAAACACUGCAAACUUAUUUUCUUCAAACAUGGGGCUUCUGGCACAGCCCCCUCGACCACCGCAAGGCUUGGUUCUGCAACAUGUCAUGGGGUUGCCGCCCCCACCUCCUCUUAACCUACCCCCGUUUCCUCCUCCUUAGGGACAUCUUUUGUGAAUUUAUACAUUUACUAGUCUGUCCAUUGCUUUUAUAAAUUAACGUAGACUUUAGUGGACCUUAGACAUAGAAAGUUUCAUUAGUAAUUUUCAAAGCACUUUACCUGUAGGUAGGUUUAUAAAAAAUCAUAAGUAGGUAUUGUACCCAAUUUGGAUCUUAAUCCCUGGAAAGCGUCAGCUGUCGCUGUGUGCUGUUCAAGAUCAGCAAAUAGUUACAUUGGACAUAUAAUGGAAAAUAGCAGAUACUUUUAUUCUAGUUCAGACUAAAACUUUUUAACAACUUUGAAAUUUGCUGAAGCUAGUGGAAGGAGUGAAUUCAGUUGCUCUUAGAUUAGAUGGCUCGUAGGGAUUUGAUUCGGAGGGUCUUUAAAGGGUUUCCAAUGAUUGAUCAGUCAUUAUAUAAUUUUUCAUCACCGACACACCUUUGUGAAAAUUAUGUAGGGUCUAUUUGAAAACUAGUUGCAGCUGCAGUAAGGGUGGAAGCUGCAGUAAAUAUUUGAUUGGGUGCACGUAUAUUUAUAUAUACGCCCCUCGUAGUUAGAAUUAUUUUUUAGUUUUCUCCACUGGAAAGGCCAAUUGAUUUUUUGCCGGCUGAUGUGUAAGAAUACCUCUAACAUUUAUGAGUUUGUACAGGUUUAGUUACAUUUUGUAAUUAAUUUGGGUUAAAAUGGCUUCUAAAUUUGCGAAGCCUAGAACGAUAGGUUUAGUUACAAAUUGGAUAUAGAAGUAUUUAAUGAGGUCCACGAGUCACCUGUUCUAUUAUAUAUAUUAAAAACUGAACAAAGUCUUGAAAGGCUAUUCACAGAUAUGUUCAUGUGCAAGUUUGCAUAAUUGAUUACUGGAGAUAAACCUUUUCUUGUCUAUAGGGUGUCCACAAACUGAAGUUUUUAUAGAAAUUUUCCUCCCCGGUCUUUGUCAAAAAAUCUAACUUCCCAUAAUCUAAGCGGAAAUUCAGAUUUGGGUCGGUACAGAAUUAAUAUUUUAUGCCUAUUGUAAUAAAAAUUCUUUGAAAAACAGGAAUGUUUCCCCAUAACUUGAAGACACCACUGCUACCCAGCGCAUAUUUUGAUGUUUUCCCUGUCCAUUCUGUUUCAUUGUGCUGUAUCGUGUUUUCUGUAUCUGUAAGGGAUUUUCAUGAACCCCCUCCCCUCCACCCGAGAUCGAAUGCAAGGCCUAUGGUGGAUCUUAGGUAUCUGCAAGAGAAAACAUUGACCCAGGCAAACAUUUAUUGUUAUUAUCACUAUAAAAUUGUAUUUGGAAUAACUUUUUUAUAUUUUAAUUGUCUGCAUAAUAAAACAGACUGGCGGUUGACAGUGAAAUUACAAUAUGUCGCAUAAGUGUUUGAUAAAUUCGAUACAGAAAAGUUGGGUUUUGAUCUUGUUUAGUUCUUUGUUAUUGCUACCAGCGUGAUAGUGGCAGCCUUUCCACUAACCCGGCUUUAAACAAAAAACAAGUUAAUAGUUAUCUGAUAAAACUGGUAAGUUUUAAAACGAAGUCUCGAGGUGAAUCAGUUUUAACUGUUUUUAAGUUUUUAACCCAUGUAGUGGCGGACUGGCUCGGAAUUUUAACCGGCCACGAAGAACUGAAGAGGGCCCUUGUUAGCGUGGUCUGAAAAUUAGGAUAUGUAGCUCUGAUAGCAAAGCUGAAUUGUUGAUUACGAAUAAACGCAAAUUGCACAAAUUAAAAUUAAAUGAUAAGCAUUCUGUCUGAUUUGGAUUUCAGUAAAUUUGCGCAGGAGUUCUGGGGCCAACUUGCAGAUUCUUUCCUAAAUUAUUUUCUUUAUGCUGUACAAAAAUUUGAUAUUUUAACCAUAAUGUCAUAGCCAAAUCAAAAUAGUAAGGCUUCUUCUAAGUCAGGGGUUCUUAUGCCGGGCC